AUGGCGGCCUGGAAGGGCGGAGGUCGCGGCCGGCGGCUGCCAACGCCCGGAGGACGCGUCCCAGACAGCGCCCGGGACCCUCGGCUCUACCCCGAGACCCGCGCUGCUCCGGCGGAGGAAGGAGAAGCCUCUUUCCGCGAGGAGCCGCGAGACCCGGGCCAGGUGGAGGAGGCGGCGCGGCUCCGGCGGACGGCGCCGGCCGGUGGCUCGCGGGAGUGGAGGUGGACGGCCCCCACUCGUCCUCCUGGAGCAGCGAUCCCGGUGCGGGACGGCGCGCUCCCCAGCUCCCAGCCCAAGUCCAGUGACGCCUGGAGCGGGAGCGCCCUUCCCCGCGGGCCCUCCGCCUGCCGAGCGCCCUUCCUCGCGGGCCCUCCGCCUGCAGGAGCGCCCUUCCUCGCGGGCCCUCCGCCCGCCGAGCGCCCUUCCUCGCGGGCCCUCCGCCUGCAGGAGCACCCUUCCCCGCGGGCCCUCCGCCUGCAGGAGCGCCCUUCCCCGCGGGCCCUCCGCCCGCCGAGCGCCCUUCCCCGCGGGCCCUCCGCCGGAGCGCCCUUCCCCGCGGGCCCUCCGCCUGCAGGAGCGCCCUUCCUCGCCGGCCCUCCGCCUGCAGGAGCGCCCUUCCUCGCGGGCCCUCCGCCCGCCGAGCGCCCUUCCCCGCGGGCCCUCCGCCCGCCGAGCGCCCUUCCUCGCGGGCCCUCCGCCUGCAGGAGCGCCCUUCCCCGCGGGCCCUCCGCCUGCCGAGCGCCCUUCCCCGCGGGCCCUCCGCCUGCAGGAGCGCCCUUCCCCGCGGGCCCUCCGCUUGCAGGAGCGCCCUUCCUCGCCGGCCCUCCGCCUGCAGGAGCGCCCUUCCCCGCGGGCCCUCCGCCUGCCGAGCGCCCUUCCUCGCGGGCCCUCCGCCUGCAGGAGCGCCCUUCCUCGCGGGCCCUCCGCCUGCAGGAGCACCCUUCCCCGCGGGCCCUCCGCCUGCAGGAGCGCCCUUCCUCGCGGGCCCUCCGCCCGCCGAGCGCCCUUCCCCGCGGGCCCUCCGCCGCCGCCUCCGGUGCCGCUCCCAGUGGCCUCUCAGGCCCUGAUCUCCACUCGGCUUUCCUGCACAUGCAUCGGUCACGCGCCCGUGUGCUGUGCCUUGUCUAUUUACCAUGA